AACUUGACCUCAUUUGCUGACUGUGUUCGUCGAGAGAGGUUCGCUCCUUGUCACUCCCCCCAGACACUUCAGAAAAAAAAUUAUCUCAUCGAGAAGCCCCGUGAUCCAUCAAUCGGUUCUGUUGGGUCUGAUUCUCUUGUCGUAGAUAAUCUGAAAGGAUACGUCAUGGGGGUAGAGGCGAUCACUAACUCGACUGAUGCGAUCCUCACGAACUUGGAGUCGGGGAUCCAGCAAUUCGCGGUCGACCCUCUCGCUGCCAUCAAAGCCAUCGACUUCCAGACCGUGGCUCUGGUAGGCGUUGGGAUCCUCUUUGUGGUCUUCUUGGUGGAUUUGAUCGCUUAUAUCUUCGCUCUUUAUAAGGGAAACGAGGAAGAGUUCACGCCAUACAGCAGAAGCAUUGCGGUUAUGGCGGCCGAUGCUUGGGACAACAGACGACACAAUGAAAUUGCCCACUAUUAUGAUCCCUACGUCAGGUCCAGAUCCCUGGAAAAUGUCACCCCCGUCCUGGACGCGAUCUCCAGGGCCAUCAAAAUGUGGACGUGAUGGAGGAACUGUGAAUGUGUGGACCAGCAUCAUUUGUUGAUUCUAAGUUUUCCUUAUGAUUUAAAAGUUGACGAUGAGCUAACAUUGUCAUAAUUGAUAUUUAAAACCUCGAAGUCACAUAAAUAAAUUAAAUUUCAGCGUUUUUGAAAUAUUUUCGAAAUUUAUUAUCGUUCUUAAAUGAUAACAUUUGUUGGAAGUUUGCUUAUCUCACUUAAUAAAUUCGAAUAUGCAUGAGAGGGCAUUACGUAAACAGUAUCCGAAUAUUGUAAGAUAAGCUAAGUGAUAAAUAAUCUUAAUUAUAUUAAGUUUU